CGGCCGGUGGCGGCGUCGGCGGCGGGUGGCCAUGGCAGAGGCGGAGGCCGGCGGUGACGACGGCCGCUGCGUGCGGCUGAACGCCGAGCGGGCCCAGGCGCUGCUGGCCGACGUGGACACGCUGCUGUUCGACUGCGACGGCGUGCUGUGGCGCGGCGAGACGGCAGUGCCCGGCGCGCCUGAGACCCUGACGGCGCUGCGGGCUCGCGGCAAGCGCCUCGGCUUCAUCACCAACAACAGCAGCAAGACCCGCGAGGCCUAUGCCGAAAAGCUGCGGUCCCUGGGCUUCGGCGGCCCGACGGGGCCCGACGCCUGCCGCGAGGUCUUCGGCACGGCCUAUUGCACCGCGCUCUACCUGCGCCAGCGCCUGGUCGGCCCGCCGGCUCCCAAGGCCUACGUGCUGGGCAGCGUGGCCCUGGCCGCCGAGCUGGAGGCCGUGGGCAUCUCCUGCGUGGGCGUGGGGCCCGAGCCGCUGCCGGGCGAAGGCCCCGGCGCCUGGCUGGACGCGCCCCUGGAGGCCGAUGUGCGCGCCGUCGUGGUGGGCUUCGAUCCGCACUUCAGCUACAUGAAGCUCACCAAGGCUGUGCGCUACCUGCAACAGCCCGACUGCCUGCUUGUGGGCACCAACAUGGACAACCGACUCCCCCUGGAGAACGGCCGUUUCAUCGCGGGUACCGGCUGUCUGGUCCGAGCCGUGGAGAUGGCCGCCCAGCGCCAAGCCGACAUCAUAGGGAAGCCCAGCCGCUUCAUCUUCGACUGCGUGUCCCAGGAGUACGGCAUCCACCCAGAGCGCACCGUCAUGGUGGGCGACCGCCUGGACACAGACAUCCUGCUGGGCGUGACCUGUGGUCUGAAGACCAUCCUGACCCUCACGGGCGUCUCCAGUCUACGGGACGUGAAAAGUAAUCAGGAAAGUGACUGCAUGGCUAAGAAGAAAAUGGUCCCUGACUUCUAUGUUGACAGCAUAGCCGACCUUUUGCCUGCCCUUCAAGGUUAAAGAUUUAGUGUCUUUAAUCUCCAGAAUAAAAAAAAAAAAAUUGAAAAUCAGUUACCCAAAUUAAUAGGUGGGGCUUCAGCAUCGCUCAGCUAGGUGGCUUCAAGUUUGCUUACUUGGAGUUAAGCAGAGGCUCUAGUUGUUAACCUUGUAAGUAAACGUUUGGGGGGCGACUUUGUUUACAGAUGCUUAUAUUUUAAGAUGCACUUUUUAGCUUGGAGGGCAUUGUGGGGAUCCUGGGCCUUAGGUGCCAGUGGGCCUUGCUGUUGGGUUCAGUGUAUGUCCAGGAUUCAGGUAACCUCAGGGCCUACUGGUGGGACUGAGGUGGGUCUAGGGGUGUCAUGUAUUUAUUGAAAGUUUCAGGAAUUAGUGGGGAGGAGGGGCUGAUCAUUUCCACUGUUGUGAGCAACUUGUGCAAACCAAGCCAGGGUCCCAUCAGUGUCGUCCUCAGAGGAACCUGCUACCGCCUCAGGUCUUCACCUGCAGGGUGCGAGCGAAGGAAGGGGCUGCUCUCGGGUGGAGCCUCCCUGUCUGUGGGGUCUGGGGUGCUGCCCUCACCACCCCACACUUCCUUCAAAACCACUCCGAUGUUACAACUGAGUGUCUGUUCCGUUUUAGAGACCAGGGCUGCCACCCUCAUGCAGUUGUGCACUUCUGUAAACUCAGCCCGGCUGAGCCUCAUCCUUUCCAAACGUGCAUGUAAACCCAGGCGGUCUGGACUGAGCCUGUUGCUUGGCGAGCAGCCAGGAGGGCAUAAAUGCCGUCGUUGAACUCAGGGCUGCCGUUCAGGGAGCUCAGAGCAGCAUUGGUACCAAAAGUUUUUGUUUUUUAGCUUUCUAACAACUUUGUCAGGUGGUGGACUUGAAGCAUAAGCGUAUGAUUAAUAGCUGUGCUCUGUCUUAUAGGGAAAAUCCCACUGAAGAAGUCUGCGUGCCCCGCAGCCAGCAGUUGGGCCAAAGGCAUGUGCUGGCCAAAUGCCUGUCACCCAAGGCUCCUUCUGGGUAGGGGAGGAAAGAGGUGUCCCCCAAAGCAGGAAUUGAAUCUCUUUCUGUCUUCCCAGACGCUUGGUUGGGAUAGGUGUCAUAUGCCAGUGGUCCCUGAGGCCACCUGUUUUAACCCUGAUGUCCCUUGUCAGUUGUCAGCUGGAGGACUGGCUGGGUCCACUGGCUAGCCAAGGAUUCUUGGCAGGGGGCCGUGGCCUUUUCUGCCUGCUCCCUGAGUUGCUGACCUUUGAGGAUGGGCCUCUGGCUGCACAUGUAGGGGAGGGCCUGGGAAGCUGUUCCUUUUGGCCGACUGCUUCCUGGUGCCUCGCCCCACACCUAGCGGCUUCUGCUCAGAGCCCAUGGUUCUCUCCUAGCCUCAAGAUCACCGUGCUCCUUCACCCACCCUCUAAGAGUUCUCAGAGCAAUAAAGCGUGUCCUGAGCCUUGGCUCCUCCCAGGCCUGAGCGUCUGGGGUUCAGACUCUGCCAGGGGCAACGCGAGGGCAGCGGCACCUGUGAGGUUGGUGGUGCUGACGUUGGCUCUGCGAGGUCAGCUCAAGGUGGGUCUGGAUAUUGAGCAGGCCUGUCAGGGCGUUGUCACCCACACCAGGAGCACGUGGCAGGUGCGGCAGCCAGCGACACCUCCCUCUUCGGCUGGGCAGUGGCCCAGGAGCCUGUGCAUCCUGUCCCCCUACCCCUGUUGCACUGUGUGAACCCAAAGGUGUAUUAAACUCUCGACCGCA